ACAGCGAGCGGCUCGGGCAAGAAGAGAGGGAACUGAGACGGGUAGUUUAGUUCCGGUCGGAGUAUUCCCUCAAAGCUAAUCGUAGUUGGACUGCGAGACCAGGAAGACGCCCAGGCUGGGAGACGUGAGUUCAGGAUGUUCCGACUUCGUUUCAUACCAGCUGUGGCUGGACUGGCAGCUGUUUCUCGUCGAUACCAUGGAUCUUCAAAUUCGGCAAGGAGCAGACGGAGGCUCAUGCUAGCAGCAUUUGUUGGUGCAACUGCGGUAUCCGCAAGUGCUGGAUUGCUGUGGAAAAGAGCCUAUGCAAACGGGCAGUCUUCAGUAAAGCACGACUUUAGGGAGGAGCCUAGUCAGAAGGAGAAGGAGACGAAAGAUGAGGGGGAUCUUGAGGAUCAUGCUGUGGAGUCAAGUGAUGAAGAACAACAAUCAGAUGGAAAAAAGAAGAAGCCACGAACUGGCUUUAGAGAUCGCAAGGUGAUGGAGUAUGAGAACAGAAUCCGUGCUUAUUCUACUCCUGACAAAAUCUUCAGAUACUUCGCAACUCUGAAAGUGAUACAUGAGUCUGGAGAAUCAGAAGUUUUCAUGACACCCCAGGAUUUUGUGAGGUCCAUAACUCCAAAUGAAAAGCAGCCAGAAAAUUUGGGCCUCGACCAGUUUAUCAUAAAGCGCUAUGAUGGAAAGAAAAUUUCUCAAGAAAGGGAAAAGUUUGCAGACGAGGGCAGUAUUUUUUUCACACUUGGGGAAUGCGGACUGAUUUCUUUCUCGGAUUACAUUUUCCUUACCACGGUACUUUCUACUCCUCAAAGGAAUUUUGAGAUUGCUUUCAAAAUGUUUGACCUGAACGGAGAUGGUGAAGUCGACAUGGAAGAGUUUGAGCAGGUUCAGAGCAUCAUCCGGUCUCAAACUAGUAUGGGAAUGCGUCACAGAGAUCGUUCCACCACUGGAAAUACUCUAAAGACUGGCUUCAGUUCUGCUCUCACCACCUAUUUCUUUGGUGCUGAUCUGAAGGGGAAACUAACGAUCAAGAACUUUCUAGAGUUUCAGAGAAAGCUUCAGCAUGAUGUUCUAAAGCUAGAGUUUGAGCGCCAUGAUCCCGUGGACGGACGGAUUACGGAGCGGCAGUUUGGAAGCAUGCUAUUGGCUUACAGUGGCGUGCAAUCCAAGAAACUCACUUUAAUGUUAAAGCAGCUGAAGAAACGCUUUAAGGACGGAGAGGGGCUGACAUUUGAAGAAGUUGAAAACUUCUUUACUUUCCUAAAGAAUAUAAAUGAUGUGGACACCGCUCUGAGCUUUUACCACAUGGCAGGAGCUUCACUCGAUAAAGUUACAAUGCAGCAAGUUGCCAGGACGGUGGCGAAAGUUGAACUCUCGGAUCACGUCUGUGAUGUAGUCUUUGCACUGUUCGACUGUGAUGGAAACGGAGAGCUGAGCAAUAAGGAGUUCAUUGCCAUCAUGAAGCAGCGCCUGAUGAGAGGACUGGAAAAGCCAAAAGACAUGGGAUUCACUCGGCUGAUGAGAGCCAUGUGGAAAUGUGCUCAGGAGACAGCCUGGGAUUUUGCAAUGCCAAAACAAUCAUGAUGCGCACACAUCAAUGAGCAUAAACUAGACAAUUAACGAAUCUGCAACGAGGAGGCCACAUGCAGACUAUUAAAUAAAAAUGCCAUACCACUAUAUCAAUCUCCAAAUUCAUUAUCUAGGGCCCAUUAAAAAAACAAAAACAUAGCACCGGGAAUGAAGCUAACCAUCUAUUUGCUACUCUGCUUUUUGGCUUGUUGCCAGUUAAUGUUUAUAAUGAUUUUCUAAGGUUGACGGUGUAAAAGGCUGAGACAGGAGCCUUAAUAACCCACGCACUAUAUAAAGAGCGGGGGCAAUACUGUUGUAGUUAGAUUGUCGUUAAUAGUCAACACCAGUAUCACACUAUAAAUGUAUAGAGGCAGACUUCAUAACAAGGGUUUCCUAUGGCCUGGUGCUCAUCAUUAAAAUCAAGCCUGCUUAUAUGAAUGUUGUACUUAAAUACUGUUAUGGUUACAGUGAGUUUAAAAUAAGAGUUUAUUGAUUAAUGGUACUCUUCACGCACUCACACCAGGAAACCCCAAUCACUGGUGUGCUGAUAUAUUAGUCCUGUCAUUGAUAGUCUGAUGACCUUCAAACCUUGAUAUGUACUAUUGCUAAGAAUCACCCAGUGACAACAGAGACAUGUCCAGUCUUUUUUCCCAUAUUAUAAGUGUUUGCCUUAUUUGCAUAAUCCGUUACUAAUCACUAAGUGAUUGUGUUAAAAAAUAAAUAAGAAAUAAAAUCUCCAGUUAAUCUCCACUCAAGGUUUAUUUCCAUCCCUGCUAUUGAGUCUCACCGUUGGCCACGUACUCUGUUUAGUCAUUACACAUCUGUGGCUAGUAUGAUCGGUGUAGUAAUACCAAGAGAAUAAUCUGCAAAAAUUAAACACUGGCUAGUGUUGCAUUGUAUUUUUCUAUAUAAACUGGCCUGCUAGCAUGCUUGAAUAGUCUCUGUAGCAAUAACCACUUCCAACGCUUCAAUGCACAUAGUCUUAUUCCGUCUUGCUUUUUGACUUCAGUUUGCAAGCACACAGUCCUCUAUAUGCAGUAAAUAGCAAUCGUAAUUGUAUAACUAUUUCAGAGACUGUUUUCAAUGAAUAAUAAAACAUUGUGUUUUCUUGUAACUGAAUAGUAUUUAAUACUACAGAAUAUCAUAUUAAUUUAAAAUGUGUGUACAACUCCAAGCUAUAAAAAAAAACUCCUCAUUGUUUGUUCAAGGUUAAAUUAAAC